UGGACCAAGCAUAAGUAAACAAACGAGAAAUAACUUUUUACAACCGGAAUCGGUGGCUGAGAGUCCGCAAUGUCACCAUAAAAUCUGGCACCCCCUCCUCAAGGCGGGAUUUCCCUGCUAACGCCCCAUCACCCAGCGUUGCAGAUCCAGCUUAUCCUUCCUAUCUUAUCUCCUGUCCCCGUACAGACUAGGGAGCCAUGCGUUUCACCACUGUCGCAUUCAUGGGCGGGCUGUUGACCGCGGUGUCCGCCCACUUCCACCUGCAGUAUCCAACGCCGCGUGGGGUUUUCAACAUGCAAAAUGAAGUCAACUUCUGUGAUAGUUACAUUGAUGUCACGGACAACCGGACGACGUUCCCUCUGAACAGCGCAAUCUACUCGCUUACUAGCGGACAUCCGGACUGGACGUUUGGCGUGGCCAUCUCAACGGUAUCGAACCCGACGAGCUUCAACAACUUCACCAACUUGAACGGGUCGUUCCAGUACGUCGUGAACUACUUCAAGGAGACAAAUGCGGAGGGCGCAUUCUGCGGGCCGAUCGACAUCGCGGCAUCGGGUGUUGAAGGCGUGGAGGAUGGCGCCAACGUCACGCUGCUGUUCGUGUUUGACGGCGGCGAUGGCACCUUGUAUCAGUGCGCGGACCUGACCCUGAGCUCGGACGCCACGGUCCCCUCGAACGUCUCCUGCACGAACGCGACGUCGUCUUCCAACUCGACCACGAGCUCCUCGGUGAGCGGGACCGCGACUUCCUCGACGGCGUCGUCGACCUCGACCAGUCAUUCGUCCGGCGCGGCUAGCGUUCGGUCGGUCAUGGGCGUCAGCGGGUUGUUGGCCGCGGUCGCCGGUAUUGCGAUUGCCCUUCUUUGAACGCUUGCGGUGGCAGAAGCACGUCGUCUAUUUAUGCUGCAUAUGUCCAUCCCUGUCUGGGUUAUGCGGUGUACAUGGGCUGCCGUGCUAAUAACGGAGAAAUAAAUAAUGCAUUAAAUCGCUGUGAAAA